AUGGGGAAGCUCAAGUUCUUUCUUGGAAUUGAGAUUGAGCGGGAUGAUUUAGGAGGGACACUGUCAUUGCGGCAGAACAAGUUCGCGAAAGACAUUUUAGAGAAAUUCGGCAUGCUGAAUAGCAAUUCAGUCAGGUCGCCACGAGACCCAGGCCUGAAGUUGACCAAGGCCAUGUGCGAAGGAGGUUGCAAGCAUGAAGAAACGAUGGCAAGUUUUCCCUACCGGAACGCCGUAGGAUGCCUUAUGUACCUUACGGUGGGCACCCGUCCCGACCUUGCAGCUGCAGUGGGAGUGCCCAGCCAGUUUGCCUCCGAACCGUGUCCAACACACUGGCAAGCACUCAAGAGGGUUUUUCGGUAUGUAAAUGGUACCAGGACACACGGAAUUGAGUUUCAAGCAAGUGAAGACGACAGCCUUCAAGGCUACUCGGAUGCAGACUGGGACGGCGACAUAGAGUCAAGGCGCAGUACAAGUGGCUUCAUAAUGAACAACAGUCGCAUCGGCUGGAGGAGAAAGAAGCAACGAACGGUGGCACUAUCAUCAACGGAAGCAGAGUACAUGGCGCUAUCGGAGGCUACACAAGAAGCAGUUUGGUUGAGGGUUUUCCUGUGUGAACUUGGUGAGAUGACAAGUAACCAAGCUGUCAAGAUCUUCGAGGACGACCAAGGAUCGAUAGCAUUGGCCAAGAACCCAGAAUUUCACAAACGCACCAAGCACAUCGACAUUCGCUACCAUUUUGCUCGUGAAAAGGUUGGUGAAGGAUAA